AUGGAGGGCUCUUGCAUGACGCUGCCUUGCUCCUUCAGCUACCCACAAAGGGAGCAGGUCACUGCAGUGAUGUGGAAACAAAACGACAAGUACUUCGUGUAUCACUUGGAAGAGGUGCGGGUCAGUGCGGUCUUCAAGGACCAUGCCCACUACCUGGGCGACCAGCAGCACAACUGCUCCCUGAGGCUGUCUGGGCUGCGUCUCCAUGACCAGGGCAUCUACCACUUUCGCUUUGAGACCACAAACAGCAACCGGACCGAGGGGUGGACUGGCCAACCUGGCGCAGUGCCCCAUUCUCUCUGCCCAUCCCAGUGCCCCCUUCAUCAGCACUGCAGGGGGACCAACAUCCUCUGCUCGAGGACCUGCAAAGUAAAACAGCCUAAUUUCCUCCUUGUCUCCUCAACGGAUGCAUGCGGGACCCCUCAUCUCCAAGUGGACCCCGAAUCUCUCACAUGCUCCGUCCGGGACAGCUGCCCCUAUUCCCCCUCCUGGUAUGGACCAGACGGCCGGCUGAUCCCAGAACAAACCCAGCAGGGCAAUCAGACCCGCCUGCAAAGAUCCUCAUCCCAGCUGCCCCCUGGCACAGCACUGAGCUGCUUGCUGGAUGGAUACAAGGAGCCCUGCACCCCGGACUGGCCCCCAAAGUCAGAUGCAGCUCUGACCCCACUCUCAUCCUCUGCAGCCCUGAACAAGACCAGUGUGGAGAUUUUGCAGCUGACUCAGAGGAGCCUGGGCAGGGACAGCAACUCCAUCACGCUGCACUGCCAGGGUCCCAGCCGGGAGCCCAUGACUAGGUACAUCUGGUCCCGGGACAGCAAAUGGCUGCUGGAAGCAGGAGAAGACUUAAGCAUCACCCAUGAGGAUGUUGCGGGUGAUGGUGGCUACACUUGCGGCAUCUGGAUGUCCAGCCUGGGCUGGGGGCUCCUGGUGUCCUCCGGGGGCGAACCCAUCACCCUUCAUUGCCACAGUGGAUGUUUCCAGCUGAGUCCCCUCCUCAUUGGAGCUAUUGUGGUUGCUGACAUCCUAAUCAUUGCCUUCAUUAACCUGGGUGCUCACUACCUGUGCAGGAGAGGUCAGAAGAAGACAGAGCUUGCAAAGGGUGAGACUAUGGCCGUGGAUUCCUUAUAUGGUGAUGUCCUGAACUGUCCCACCCUAGAGAUGGAGCCAACGUAUGAGGAUAUCUUUGCACCAGGUCCCAAUGGGCUGAUGUCAGCUGUCUUCCACAGAAUGUAGGUUUCAAGUCCUGCGGCUCCCGGCCGGCCCUGUGACCUACCAACAGGAACCCGGAUUUUUCUACCCCAUUGGAUGACCGGCCCCUCUCCACUGUAUUGGGCAAUGAAGAAGAAAGAGGAGCCUUUUUAUGUGGCUGUGGGCCGGAUCCCCAGAGACCAUCAGUGGGCACCAAUGGAGGCAGCUUCUUCACUUCAGACUAGAUAAGGACUUGGUCCACUUGAGUCCAGCACUGGCUGGACACUCUGAACUAUGUACAGUUAUCUUUACCUUUGCUUUCCUCCAUAGCUGAGGGCACAGCAGCUUCCUGGGAUCUCACUGAAGCAUUGGGUGUUGGCUGUAAAUGGGGACUGGGCUUAGUCAAUUCUUCUGCUGGGACUCAAACCCCGGGGGUCCUGGCUACAGAGUCCUGCCCCUCCACUCAGGCUCAGGCCGAUGCGUGAUUUGGGAUCAGGAAAAAAUGUCACCCCAUGGUCAGACUGGUAAAGACAGGGAGGGGGGUCUGCCUUCCUCCGUAGCGUGGGCAUGGACUCUCUUUGGGAUCUCUGGGGAGUCUAUUCACAGUAUUUUAUAGCAGCAAAACAUUGGCCGUCGCGGCCCCCCUACAGCAGGUUUGGGUGCGAUGUCUUGUGUCAUGUCAGUGUUGACAGUAGUUUUAGGAAGAGUUUAGAUACUGGAUGUGUCUGGGACGGCUUGGACAGGGUUUAUCUUGCCUCAGGCAGGGGGUUGGACUAGCUGUGACCUCUGGAGGUCCUUUCCAGCCCCAUUUCUCUAUCAAGCAUAUUUUAAUAAUCUUCGAAGCAGCAGGACGUUGGCGCCACAGUCCCCCUGCUUCAUGCUGUGUCCGAGUUGACUGUAAUUUUUCUAAUAGGUUAGAGAAGGAUUUGUCCUGGAUGGUUUGGACAGGGCUGAUCAAGCCCCAGGCAGGGGCUGGACUAGAUGUGACCUCUGGAGCCCCUUCCAACCCCAUGUCUCUAGGAUUUUAUGCUGAAUAAAGCAUCUUGACAGGCUGCUGUGUCUUUUUGCAAACAUUUUUGGACAAAUAUGUAAGGGAAAACUACUUUUUAACAGCUUGCCCAGUCCAGGCUCUCUCUGGCCGUGACCCUCCUGCCUGGCUCUGCUGGCAGCCAAAGCAGGUCUGGAGCUUGGGACUGACUGUCCACCCCCACAUCAACCACACACACACAUGCACACUCCCCUUUCUCUUCACACAGCAUAUGACCCUCCCACACCAUAUAUCUGCAUUUCCUCCUACACAGCAGCUGUGUUUAGCUCUUGCUCUUCUGAGCUCUCCAGUCUCCCUAGCUGGGUGGCACA